AUGCUACACUUUUAUAUAAAACAUAUGAAUAAUGCUAUUGUUUUUGUGUGCUUAUAUUACGUUAUAGAUAUAUUUCUUUUGUUCUUAACCUUUUAUUUUAAAUCUGUCAAUAAAUGGGCACUACAUGGGAAAAAUUUAUUUCUAAAAAUCGAUAAAGAUGAAGAACCAUAUAAUACUAAGCUUUAUAAGUUCAAACGUAUAUUUGAUAAUUUUAUAAUUUCGAAGACUUAUUUUUCACACUUUUAUAUCAUUGGUUUAGUUAUUAAUUCAAUAAUUCUAUUUCAAGAUGUUCAAUAUAAUAUAGAAAAUCAAAAAAAUGUUUAUUAUCACAUUUGUCUAACCAAUCUCAUUUUUGAAAUUCAUUUAUUAAGAAGGUUUUUCGAACAAUUAUUUUUAGUUAGGACUACUACAAAAUCGUUCAUGCAUAUUUGCUCAUAUCUUUUAGGAAUAAGCUUCUACAUCAUAACACCUUUUUCCUUAUACAAUAAUAAGCAAAUAAAUUAUAAUUGGUCAAUAAUUUUCCCUCUUCUCCUUUUCAUAUUUGGAAAUAUAAUUCAG